AAAGUGAUAUUUACGCUUCAUAUUUGAAGAUGGCGCUAAAAGUUUUAAUAAAACAAUUCUCCAUAUUCACAGAGAUCUCGAUUGCUGAAAAUAAUCGUCACUAGAUGUCGCUAUUAUGCAUUUGAGCCAUUUCUCCUAUAACUACAAACAAUGGAGAAACUACUAAAAUAAGCAUCGCUUCACUUUGAUAUCGAUCCGCUGUUUUCCUACCAUUAUCCAAAUCCAUAACUAUUGCAUUGGGCAUUGCUUUCGAACAUCCUUGUGAACGAGACAUUCAAAAAAUAUUUUAUCUCCAUCACAGGUUCAGAUCUCUGUUUUAAGAUGACGCUACGGAACUAACCUCAAAUUGAGACAUUUCAAAUAACUGUCAAAACAGAGUCAACAUCAACAAAUCGUUACUCAUAUUUGGGUAGAUCCCAAAUAAAAAUCAUCGACACAUUUUUGUUAAGCCCUAAUUAGUUUUCAGUUAAAAAACGACACAAUGCCUGACCGUUUCCUUCUUGUGCUGUUAAGCCUUCUCACUAUAUUGAUAGCUCGAGCAUCAGCGAUCUGGUGCUACCAGUGUGUGUCUACGCAACCUGGUUGUGGAACCCCUUUUAACUGGCUGUGGCACUGGACAAAAGUAUGUCCCGAAGACGAUGACGUAUGCGUUAAGAUUAUUGAAAGAAAAAAUGGACUUGAAACAGUAACUAGGGACUGUCUGAGCUCUAUGUUAGGAUUGAGGAAAGACAUACCUCCAGACCGUUAUGAGGGAUGUAGGCCAGCAGUAGUUGAUGAAAAACUUGCUAAUUACGUUAAUAAUAGUAUCAAGGAGCUUGAUAUUAAAAGAGAUUAUUAUGAUUCAACAACAUGGUGCUUCUGCUUCCUAGAUCACAGAUGUAAUGAUGGCCAUAAAUCAGGGUACUCUUUAAAAUUAGUUUUUUCAAGUUUGCUUUUAUCUUUGUAUUAUAUGUUGUAAGAAACAUCUCUUGAAUUUAUUAGAGUACAAAUGAUUUUUAGUGUACCAUUGAAAUGACUUCAAUGCUUCUCUACAAUUUUUGUGGUAAUUUAUUUUUUUGUAAUGUAUUAUGACAUGGUAUCACUAUAGAAUCAUCUUUACUUUCUGAAUAUAUUCGGUUUGGAUAUAAUCCUGAUAUUCAAUAAUAGACGUAACAUGGAAGAUAUUUUUUCCAUAUUUUUUUUUCUGUUUGUAAUUGUUGUUAAAUUGAAAUGCUUGAGGUGUUUAUUAUAUAUUGUAUAUAUAUUAAUAAUUCCGUCCAAAUAAGACUUCCAUAAUAUUUAGGCUUAGUAUUUUUUACUUUUACUAAAAUAUCUCAUUCUGUAUUAUAGAGAAUUUUUAUAUUUUUUACAUUAUACAAUAAUUAAGAGAAUAACUUUUUUAUGUCCACUUACCAUCUAUCAGUAUUGGACUAGGCUAAGGACAAAAAACCAAUGCCUUGAGAAAUCUUGAACCUUCUAAAAACUCUCAUGAAUUUGCCUAAAUACUACCAGGAGCUCAAAAACACUGGAAACUGGAGUUUGAGAAUAUGAAACUUCCAAUGUAUUGCACAUAACUCCGCGGAUUGUAGUAAUUUUGUCGCCAAAUUUUAUGAGCUCAGCAACACUUUCAAAGUUCUAUAGACAACAUAUUCUUAUAAAAACAUGUCCGCCUUUUGAUAACGCCAUUGGAAAAUGGUAUUUCUCGGAAACAUAUGAAUGCCAUUGUUCUCAGCAAAGGUAAACUUAGAGACGUCCAAGCCUGUCAUUUUUUUUUCAAGAAAAUGAUGUAUAACAAUGCUAUAUCUUUGUAUGAAUGGUGAAAAUAGCUUGGUAGACCUGAAUUGUGCGACGUGCGCCCUCCGCUCUUCGAUGGUCACACGAGCAUUUGAUCUUAGAGAAGUGCUUUUUAAGCAUACCAGUCUAUAAAUUUAUGUUCUGCCUUAUCAGGUUCUAAUAUCUUUAUGAC